AUGUUCAACGUACGGUCUUCAUCCUACAAUUUGCGCGGAAAUCAUAUCAUGUCCCUUCCCAAACCAAAAACAACGACAUACGGUCUGCACUCUUUUUCAUACUUAGCAAGCAAAAUAUUGAACUCUCUCCCAAACACUUACAAAACAUUAAAUUUUCUAUAAUUCAAGCAGGAGAUCUUUAGAUAUGAAGCUUUUCCACAGUAGAUCUACAAGUUAUAUUUCCCUCUGCAUGCAUAAUGUUGUAUAUAGUUUAUAAAUAAUAUUGGAAUUGUAAGAUAGCAUAUUUUCAUUUUAUUUUAGCUUAUUUUUCGAAGAUAUUAGCUCUACAGCUACACUGAAUUUCGAGCAUAAAUAAAGUAUAUGUAUGUAAUGACCAGAGAUUUAGAGAAAACUAAGAAAGCUGUAAGAGAAUGGCUCAAUAAUAUCAUACGGGAAGCGAAUAAUAAAUUGGCCAGAGAGCAAAAAAAUCAGUAA